CAAGGGCACCUAAAGUUAGCCAACGUAACUGUGGUUUCCAACACGUGCGGAAACAGGGGAUUGAUAACUUAGAAGACUUUAAGAUAGAAAUGGACGGCUUUGGUUCAGACUUCUCGGCAGGCGGAGCAGGUGGCAAGGUGGAUACCGGGAUGAUCAUGGAACAAGUAAAGGUUCAGAUUGCGGUGGCUAACGCGCAGGAGCUCCUGCAGAGAAUGACAGACAAGUGCUUCAAGUGCGUAAGCAAACCGGGAAGCUCGUUGGAUAACUCUGAACAGAAAUGUAUUGCCAUGUGCAUGGACCGGUAUAUGGAUUCUUGGAACACAGUGUCCCGUACCUACAACGCCCGGCUACAGAGAGAAAGAAACCGCAUAUGAACAUCCUCCCCUCAUCUGUUCCGCCCUCAGGCCAACUGCACCUUGACUUCUGUGAGGAGAAACUGGUGAGCAAUCCAAGGUUGCCAACUGUGCAGGGCUGUCACAGCAAUAGCACACCAUCAACUUCUCUGUGAUGUUAUGUCACAGACAGGCUUGGAAAGCCUGUGAAAUCUAGCCAUAACAAUAUGUGGAAAUGUUCAUUUCACACUGCUUUGGUUUUACAAUGAUGUUUGCAUAUGAUAGUUAUUUAAUGUUUUUUAUGUGAUAUAGAAACAGUGAUUUAGUUAACAACUCAAAAAGGCACACAAGCAGCAAUUAAUUAACUCACAAUGAAGUAGCAAAGCACCGUGGCCUUUGUUAUUUUGAAAUAUUCCAAUUGGCAUUUGGGUUUACCACAUAUUGUACAGAACAUUUUAUUCCUUUCCUAACUUUCUCAAUUAUCACUGUAAGCCUGAAUAUAUCACAAGUUCCAGAGCCUGUAAGAAGGGGACACAUGAUACAGAUUUACAUUAAGACGGGGAUAAAUUGGGGAUCAAAUCAUCGAUGCUCUGCAAAUGUUUCCCAAAAAUUGUCAACGUGGUGCCCAUUAUUUUGUCACACUGUGUGAGUGUGUGUGCGCACGUGUGUGUGCAUGCAUGGAAAGUGAGAGAAUUGAGCAAGGCAAAGAAACAACUAGUCUAACAAAAGGUUGGUACAGGCUUUCCUUACCAUGCUGUUACUUCAAAGAUGUAUUUUAAUUCACCAGGAUGAACUAAGGAGCAACUUUUUGUUUUCUUAACCGUGAAUCUGGCAGUCAAAAGUCUCCGAAGUCCUAUACCAGAGUACGCCUUGAGAACAAAACUGUUUUGUCUGACCUGUUUUCUAAGUUGUCACUCUAUCUGCUGCCCUCGACAGUAGUGGGCUUGUUUCAGUUGGGUCUGCCUUGCUGCAGACAGGGUACUGAACCUUUCUCAGCUUUGUGUGGACGGUUUGUCAAAUAUCUGGAACCAAAAUCCUUCUUUCAUCUUGUUGAAUUUGUGUAAGGAAGAGACAAAAAAGUCUGCAUACUGAUAGCUGAACUGUGAUAUAUGUUUGGAGGAGCAUGUUUGAUUGAAUGACGGUGUUUUUCAUGAGAAAUCAAUAAAUCCUGUCAGUUUAAUUUGAAUUUUGUUUUUUUUUAUCAGUGUUCUCAUAAAGAAUGCACUCGUGUCAGCGAGGAAACCAGCAGUUUGUAGUUUUUACAAAGCGUGGUUCAUGUGUGUUUACUACAUUUUUAAGAUGCUGUUAGUAGCUACUCCUCUAGAUGAAAUAUAUUUUUUGCCAGAUGAACCGACUCUUGAGA